UCAGUGAAUUCUGGUUUCGUUGUGCCUCCUGGAGCAACUUCAUCGAUCAUGAAUCCUGAGUAUGACUACCUGUUCAAGCUUCUUCUGAUCGGUGACUCUGGAGUCGGGAAGUCAUGCCUGCUGCUUCGCUUUGCGGACGAUACCUACACUGAGAGCUACAUCUCCACCAUCGGAGUGGACUUCAAGAUCAGGACCAUCGACAUGGACGGGAAGACGGUCAAACUACAGAUUUGGGACACAGCAGGUCAGGAGAGGUUUCGAACCAUCACCUCCAGCUACUAUAGAGGAGCUCACGGUAUCAUUAUCGUCUACGACGUCACGGAGCAGGAGUCCUUUAACAACGUGAAGCAGUGGUUGGAUGAGAUCGAUCGCUACGCCUGUGAAAACGUCUCCAGGCUGCUGGUGGGAAACAAGUCUGACCUCGUCAAUAAGAAGGUGGUGGAUGCCGCCACUGGGCAGGACUUGGCCUCGUCUCUGAAGAUCCCCUUCCUUGAGACGAGUGCUAAGAGCUCUGACAACGUGGAGAAAGCUUUCCUCACCAUGGCCUCUGAGAUUCACAAGCGUGUGGCCACAGAGGGAGGGGGGAUGCAGGGGGAAGCCAAGGAGGCCAAGUCCCAGAGCACCAAGAUCAACAGCGCUCCCCUGUGGCUGGGAGGGGAGAAACAGACGCAGGAGUCUGCAAACUGCUGCUGA